AUUAUACAAUAGUAAAAUUAUAAAUCUGCAUCAACUGUAUUACACACUAGGAAAUAGUGAUUCUACAAAAGCAUAUUCAACAGUAGAAAACAAACAAAUUAAACGAAAGUGGCAGUAUAUUACGGCAAUUAUUAUUAUUUCUUCUUAAUAGAACUAAUAAAAUUGAGUGGAAUAAAAUCAAAACAUAAGAUGUAAUGAUGAAUGCAAGGAAGAGGGAAUCCAUUAAAUAAAGCAACAAACAUUUCAAACCGUGUUAAAAGACAGCUGCAGCAGCAGACAUUUUUUUCUCCGCCGAAGCCAGAAAUACAUUGAAAAGGACAACAGCAGCUGAAAAAGACACAUAAAUUUGGAGGGAAGUCUAAUUGAAUUAAGGGAAACGUUUAAAUAAUAAAAUAGCAACAAAAAUGAGUUCGAUAUCCAAUGUAGAAAAUCUAUCCCCCCAAACAAUAAGACAAGUGAUGAAGGAAAUGCAGAGCAUGGUUGAGAAUCCCCUGGAGGGUAUAAAAAUACAAAUUAAUGACGCUGAUGUCACCGAUAUACAGGCGCUUAUCGAAGGUCCAGCUGGCACACCAUAUACCGGUGGCAUGUUUCGCAUUAAACUUACUUUAGGCAAAGAUUUCCCUCAAUCACCUCCAAAAGCAUUUUUCAUAACCAAAAUAUUUCAUCCCAAUGUCGCGGCUAAUGGUGAGAUCUGUGUAAACACUUUGAAAAAGGAUUGGAAACCGGAUUUGGGUAUUAAACAUAUACUGCUAACCAUUAAAUGUCUACUUAUUGUACCCAAUGCGGAGUCGGCUUUAAAUGAAGAAGCCGGCAAGAUGCUGUUGGAGCGUUACGAUGACUACUCGCAGCGAGCAAAAAUGAUGACUGAAAUUCAUGCUUUAGCCGCUAAAUCAACAGAUUCCAAAGAUGAUGAUGGCCCAAGUUCGAAAAAACAUGCCGUCGAUAAGAAACUACAGGACAAGAAAAAGGAGAAACUUAUAAAGGAAAAAAAGCGUAUGCUUAAGCGAUUAUGAGUGGCAUUCCCAGAUUUGCACAACGCAAUAACAACAUAAAUAAAAACACAUACUUCUCCUCACGACAUUUUCAAAAAAGAGCGCGCUGACUUACAAAGAAAAACCUAACGCGUUGUGUUACCAACAUUUAUUUAUACCGAUUAUCUACAUAUUUAUAUUUCUCUGCACCACAUACUACUACACCGCAUCUUCACUACAAAUCACCAUCAACUAACUGGCCAUUUAACAGCCUCAUCAUCAUCAACUGUAUUAGUUUCAUUUAAAGUGUACGCACGUCGCCUGUAAAGGAAAACCAAUCAUUUUUAAUUCCUCUCAGCAUUUCCAGACAAUGAAUCUAACAAAAACUUAUAUUUUCUUUUAAAAUAGUAAUGCUUCUUAAUUUACAUUUUAUCAUUCUAGUAGUCAUUGUCUAUCAUGUAAAACUUGAUUUAUUACUGUAUCAGUUUUAGUCGAAAUGACAACUUUUAGUUUUUAUUUCUGUCAAAUAUUUUAAAUUUAACAAAAACACAACAUCCAUCAUACAUACAUACAUAUAUAAAUAAUUAUACGAGUACAUAAAUUUUAAUGUUUUCCUUUUUCUUCUCUAUUCAUGUUAAAUCUUACGUUUACUCCUAAAUAAAUAUAAUUUUAAAUUAAUUUAAAAAUAAAA